AGUCCUUCGUCCUUAUGCCUUAGGGGUGGAGUGUUAGGACCAAGAAAGCCUUAUCCUUGAACGCCUUUGGCACACACCGGUCCAAAGCGGCGUGAGUAGAGGGAGCUAUAUACAACGCAACACACACACUCUCAGCACACGCUCGACGGCGGGCAGUCAGUGUUCAGUCGAUCAUCAACGGCGACCGCGGCUCAUUCACUUAUAGAGUCACAUGCUAAUCUAUAAUAAACCUCGACGCGAGUUACAUAAAUGUCCGUUUUACAACUAUCCGAAGAAAAUGCGGUGAUACUUUUUAUACGGACCCCGCAGAUUGUACACAAAGAACGAUCAAAAAGCAAAUAAAAUUUUUUUUUUGAUCCAGUGAAUCCGGGAGAUCAGUGAGUUUUGAUUUUCUUGAUCGUAAUUCUUUACUUUUAUAUUUUAAAAGUUGUAAAAUAUAAAAGAGUUAAUUUUUUUUAAAUCGAAGUAAUAUUGAGAGAUUGAAAAGUUUAUCGGGGAUGAAAAUGACGCUGACGAACAGUUUUUGCUUCGAUUACAACGGUUCCAGAAUCGCCUCCAGGUCGAUUCUGUUAGUGCUCUUGUGUUUUUGCAUCUUCUUCUGUGUCGACGCCAGAGGCAGGACACCGCUCAUCGAAGAUCCCAGUCCCAAGAUUCGGAAUAAAGCUGCAGAAUGUAUAUUCGGAAAUGAAGUGAGAGAAUUGGGAUCAGCGUGGGUUCCGGACUUAGGUGUACCAAUCGGAGUACUUUAUUGCAUGAAAUGCGAAUGCAUACAAAUUCAAAAGAAACGAAGGAUAGUGGCUAAGGUGCAAUGUAGAAGUAUAAAAAAUGAAUGCCCGGAGCCGAGUUGUGCGGAGCCGGUCCUGCUUCCGGAGAGAUGCUGCAAAACCUGCCCUGGGGACACAUAUCUUCCUGAUGUUAUACAAGACGUAAUUAGACAUGACAUGGUGGACGGGGAUGAUAAAAACGCUAAACGUGAGUACCAAAAUCACGUCGAAGAUGUCCUAGAUUACGCAGCCCUUUUAACGGAUCGUUCAUCGUUACAAUUAAGGAACGAUAAUAAUGAGCCGAUCAUAAACGACAAUAAGAAUAAUGUUAUUGCAACCGGAAGGUUUACUUUCCACAAGCGAAAUCUUUAUUAUUCUUUUUAUAUAUCUGAUAAAGCAGCUCGGCCGAGAACUUUGCAGUUUGUGAAUUAUGAAGGGCAUAUUUUGGAAGAACAUAUUUUAUCGGACGUUGGUGGACAUGUCAGUAGUAGAUAUCAAAAUGCGACGAGGAAAGUUUGUGGGGUGUGGAAAAGAUUGCCGAAAGAUUACAGGAAGAUGUUGCGAGAUGAAAGAAUGUACGUGGUUUUGGGGUGGGGUUCAAAAGAACAAGCUGAGUUUACUUUAAGCGCUCAACUUAUGAAAUAUGUCGCUUUGGGGACAGAAUUAUUCAGCUCGUUACUUGAACCCUCACCAGGAGCUGAUAUGAAUUUAAUGGCUGGAUCUGGAGGGACAGCUAUUGUAUCAAUUUCAACCCAACUCUCUCCAUCAAUACACAUAGCCGUCGUUUUUAACGGGUUAUUCACCCCAGAAGAAAUCCAUCAAGUACCUUUAAACAUAACUUUAACUUUCGAUGAUCGAAAAGUUAUAUUAACCGAAAAAGUUUAUGUGCAAAAACCAGCUACGGAAUUAAAUUUAGUCGAAAUAAGCUCACCAAUUUCACAAAGUGAUUUAAGGCACUUAACUCGAGGAAAAUUAGUUUUAUCAAUUUCUUCAGUUUCAAAUCCAACAAUUCUCAAAUUAUCUGGAAUGAUAAUGACCAAAGCGACUUGUGAAUUAUUCCAAACGCCGUUAUCUUCAUCAGGUACCGAAGGAAAUAAAUUAGGUAUAUCCGGAUUAGCUUGGGUUUAUCUUAACAACGAAGGUUCUUUGGUGUACAAUGUUCAAGUAGAUGACGUUAACCCCGAUGAAAAACCCCUUUACAUCACCUUAAACGAUAUGACCGGAAAGAAAAGAUUAGAACUGGAAGACUUAACGCCUAGUUUUAACAACGGUUGGGCGAAUGGAACGAUCGAUAAAUUAAGUCCUAAAGUUUUAGAACCUUUAUAUUCGGGAAAUCUAGCCGUUAAUGUUGUCGUCAACUCAGAAAUGAAUAUUAUUCGCGGUAGAUUAACACCUAAACUCGUUGCGGAUGCGAGAGAUGCUUCCGCUCCGGUUCUUUUAAAACGUGAGGAUAACACAUUACCAGCGUCCGCCGUUGGAAUGGGUUGGUUUGUUUUGGAUAACGAUUGUCAUUUACAUUAUGACGUGACAUUGACCGGAUUACCAAAUUCGGAAAAGAGUUUAGAAUUGUCAUUGAAAUUUUUACCUAUGAGUGUCCCUGGAGCUCCGUAUUCAAUAAGAGUCUUGGAUCCAAUCCAAGGAAAUCAACUGGAAGGAGGUACUAUUGAACCUUUGAUGAAAGAGGAAUUAUCUAGAUUGGAUACGGGAGUUGUUUUCGUAAAAAUUCGGAAUAUUAGUACAAAGGAUAUUUUACUUAAAUCAACUUUAAGAGAGGUCAAAGUUCCAGUAUCUUGUUUAUCAAUUCAAACAAAUUCUUUACCAAGUGAAGGUGAUUCGGGAGAACAACACAAAAGUUGUAAUUACGAUAACAGAUAUUAUCAAGUAGACGAAAGAUGGACUUCCGUUGAUAAUCCUUGCGAAAUGUGUUUUUGUCAAGACGGAAAAGUACACUGUGAUAUUUCACCCUGUCCAGACAAUCCAUGUCCGAAAGGAAUGAACAAAACCAAAUUUCCAGGAGAAUGUUGUCCGGUGUGUCGCAACGCGACAAUACACGAAGACAAACCCGAAUUACUCAGAGGAUGCGUAUUUAAUGGGAAGUUUUUCUCGGUCGGAGCCGUUUUUCACCCGUUCCUAAUCCCUACGGGUUUCGAUAGGUGUACAAAAUGCGAAUGCGAUGAGUCGGUGGUAAUAAAAUGCGCCCGAAUUGUUGAUAAUAAAAUUUGCUGUAACAAUUGUCAACCGCCUGCCGAAUCGGAAAACGGAACAUACGUUAGUGAUCCAUCUUUACCUGUCGUUAUAGAAGCACCCAUUUAUAAUAAAUCGGUUACUAAGAUUUCUAAUGCUUCGCAAAUUUUAAGUGAAGGUGGAUGUAUUAAUUCUUAUGAUGGAUCUAAACCAUAUAAAAAUGGACAAACUUUUCAUCCUUACAUAGAAGCUUUGGGUGAAUACAAAUGUGUAACUUGUACAUGUAAUAAUGGCAACAUAAAGUGUCACAGAUUUGAAUGUACAAGAAAAAUGUGUAGGUCGAGAAAAUACUCAAAUCAAUCUACACAAGAAUUAUCCUGUUGCUCUUCGAACUUUUGCAGAAAACGUCACGGUAGAAGACGUAAACAGAAUAUGGGAUAUUAGCGCCCGUAUAAUAACUGAUAAGUACAGAUAUUUUUUAAAAUAGUGGGCAAUGUGUUGGCCUCGUAAAAAGUGUGGAGACGCGAGUGCAGUGGCUGGACCCCUUGAGCUCAUGUCACCGUUACCGUUAACUUACCAAAGAAGACUGAGACAGUAAGAUUAGGCUGGGCCAGAAAUUAGGCUGAAAUUGGAUCGCGCAGUUAAAGAAUCGCAGUGGUAUUUAUUUCAUUUUUUUUGAGUGCAAGCAUAUAUAUAUAUAAUUAAAAUCGUCGUCGAUAGGUUUUAAGUUGUAAAUAUUAUUAAUUUACUAAUUAGAAAUUAGUUUAAUUAGAUUGGAUUUGGAAUUGAAAAAAAAGAAAUUGUUUUUUUAUGUUAUUUCUUCUUGUUAUCUUUUUUUGUAACUUUUCUUUUCCGGUCAAUUUUUGAGCAGUCAAACUUAUUUAUUCCUGUUUUAUUCUAACUUUUAACCAGUUCGUAAGUUAAUUUAUUUAUCUGGAUAUAUUUUUGUGUUGUAUGAAAAAGCAAUUCCAUUUUUUAUAGUUUGAAGAGUUUGAAAAUGAUUAAGUAUUGAAAAUUUGCGAUUUAAUGUAGAUAAUUGAAUUAAUAAUGUUAAUUCAAUUCUUUAUAUUAAAAACUUAAAGAAUUCUUUGACUGCAUUUUUUUAAAGAUUAAGUAAAAGGUUUUUACUCAUGAUUGUUAGAGGUAAAGGCUGAUAUCGAAAAUGAUAGCGCAAUGGAAAACGUUUUCUCCUCUUUAUAUGUAUAAUAUUUAUACCAGAAACAAAAUCGUUUUCCGUUGUGGUAUUGCCGCCACGAUAAAUGCAAAGAAAAAUUUUGUAAAUUGCAAAUUUUUAUUGCGUACGAGGUGCCAUGUUAAUUGAUUUUUUAUUUUUAAUUUAAAGAUUUUAUAGUACUUAUUGCAAAGCAAGCAAAAUUUUCGAAUCUCGCGUGAAUGUGAGCGCCCAGUAUUUUGUUUUGUAGAGAUGAUGUUGUUUGAUUAAUAUGGUGAUGAUGUGAUGACUGUAAAUAGUAUAAAUAAUAAAUUACACGUAACCGUCACUGUUCUAAUUAAUAUAUUUAAUAACGUUUAGAUUUACGACGCAUAAUUACGCUUGUAAUGUAUAAAAGAAGUUAUUUAAGUAUAUUAUGCUUAUCAAGUAAGCCCCCUUUAUUAUGUAGAAUUCUUCUCCUAAAUGAUUCUGAUCGAAAAAAUAAAAAAGAAGAAAAUAAGAAAAUCGAUCCGGAUCGAGCUGCAUUUUGUAAUUUAUUCUUUAUUAGCAUAGCGAUUCUUAGCGAUAACUGUCCAUGAUAUAUUUCUUUCUUUUUAGUCGGGUUAAGAUAAAGAACUGACGUGCAUAAAUACUAGUACGACAUAUAAAACUUGUAAAUAAAUUUUUAAUGCAUAAUCAUGAUUGUCUAACAGCUAUUUCGACGUAAUUGUACCUGCUAGCAAAUUGAUAAUAUACGCUUGAUUAAAAAAACAA